AUGGCGUUUGAAGAUUCAAAAAGUAAUCAGCAGAAUUCUCAGCAAAAUGAUGGAGAUAGAGUUAAUCUCGAUCCUUAUUUUGUAGCAAAUUCGGAUAAUCCUACAUCUUCUUUAGUUGCUGUGGUAUUCAAUGGUAUGAAUUUCACUAGCUGGAGUAGAAAUGUUAAACAUGCACUAAUUGCUAAGAACAAAGAAGGAUUCAUCAAUGGAGAUAUUCUAAAACCUGCUGUAAAUCACAAAGAUUAUUCUAAAUGGAAACGUGCGGAUUUUUUGGUGGUUAGCUGGAUAUUGAGUUCAAUGAAUAAUGAUUUGGCUGAUGUUUUGGAUACAUUGAUAAUAUGCAAUUGCUUGUUUCUGAAGAAGGUAGCAGAAUUUGAAGAAGAUGAUAAGAUGAUGAAAUUCCUGCUUGGUUUGAAUGGAGGCUUCGAAGGAACUGUUACAAAUGUUUUGUCUAUGGAUCCAUUGCCUAGUAUAAACAAAGUCUUUUCUAUUACUCAACAAAUAGAAAAACAGAAGGAGGUUAGCAAUGUUGUUGCUGAAAGCAAUGCUAUGAAUAGUAGUGCAAUGGCUGCUCAGAUUCAUAAGAGUGGUCAGUUUCAGAGAUCCACUAAUGGUCAAGGGAGAAAGGAUUGGAAAGACCUAAUGAAGGAGAAAAUGUACAAAUUUGCAUCAAAGGGGUUCCAACCAACUGGAAACAGGCUUGCAGCUCAUGUUCAUUCUGCAGAUGUUGGUGACAAUCCACUUGAUGAUACAAUUGCUGAUUCUGGAACUGUGAAUAAUGAGAUGCUGAAUGCUAUAUGUCUUGAAGUCAUGAAAGCAAUGAAAGGCAAGCAUGCACAGAAUGGUGAAACCAGUGGAAAUUCUUGCUCAUAUGCCAACUAUGCAGGUAUAAUGUCACAUUCUUUUAAUUGCACUGUGAGUACAUUACAUGAUAAGUGUUUAUGGAUUGUGGAUUCUAGUGCAUGUGAUCACAUGACAUAUGAUGAAACUUUGCUGAUAAAUAAAAGAAAACUGCAAAGCUUGAUUAAAUUUGGAUUACCUGAUGGAACUCAAAUGACUGUGGACACUAUAGGUGACAUAAUUUUGAGUGAUAAGCUGAUAUUGAAUGAUGUUUUGUUGGUAUAUGGUUUCAAACACAAUUUGCUAUCUGUUGGAAGAUUGAUAGAAGGAGUUCAUAUUGUAUUCACUAGUACUGGGUAUUCUUUCAAGGACCCUGUUAGUUCCAAAGUGAUUGGUGCUGGACAAAGAUUACAAGGUCUAUACUACUUUGUCCAAGAUACAGACUGCAACAGUUCUACUGGAAGGAAUAAUACUGGAAUAGUCAGAAAGGAAUUGCAUUGUAAUACAGUAGCAAAUGUAAUUUCUGAUAAUGUGAGCAAUGUAAAUAGGAUGAGAUUGCCUAAUAAGACUGCAACUAGUAUAGGACAGUCUAAAGUGGAUACUCAAGGUUAA